CAUCACCAAGCGAGAAUAACCGUUCCACUACCUAAACAUCACGAAUACGAAUUCAUCAACUGAUCUCAGCCAAUCUUAUCAAUCUCAUCAGCUCAUCUCUCCAUCCCCAAAAGCCCAAAUGUCUCAGCCGCACGAGAGUCGGUGAACACAGGCAAAACCUUGUUCCGCUCCGCCCUCCUCCUUACCCCACAAACCGUACGUUCGCUCAGGCCAUUUAUCAACUGCUUCCCGCACGCGACACAACUUACUCUCCAAACAUCACCGUCAAAAUGGCCAAUCUGGGUGGUUUCGCGGUUGUUUCGACACUCGUCGUUCUGCUCCUCACCUACGGCGUACCCCUCUUUCUGAAGGAGUACUUUCCCUGGCAGAGUCUCUACAAGCAGCGCCACGGGAGACCUACCGUGACUACAAAGUCGUACAAGGGACGCACUGCGCUCAUCACCGGUGCGAAUGGAGCGUUUGGAUCGCGAGCGGCCAAGAUUUUUGCGGAGAGGGAUGUUGAGACGCUUGUGCUUGUUGAUGUGAGGGAUUGCAGUGGUGUGAAGGAGGAGAUUGAGAAGGAGUUGGGUGAGGCGGGGAAGCCGGUGCCCAAGAUUCUGGUCUGGCAGGCUGAUUUGAUGACGUUCAAGGGGUGUCAGGAACUUGGGGCCAAGGCGAAGACUUUGGAGCAUCUGGAUCAUGUUUUGAUGACUGCGGGAAUUCUGGCGUUUAAUCGUCGUGAAUCGCCUGAGGGCUGGGAAACUUCCAUCCAAGUCAACUUCCUCUCCGGUGCACUCCUCUCUCUUCUCUUCCUCCCCCUCCUCAAGUCCUCCCCAUCCAACCCCUCCCCUCCCGUGCUCACCUUCGUCACGACCUUUGGCAUCUACCCCUCCUCCUUUACAAUGGGCGUACCCAAAUCAGGCUCUUACCUCAAGAAGCUCAGCAACAACAAGGAAGGCAUGGAACAAGCUCACCAGUACGGUCGCUCCAAGGGUCUUCUCCUCUACUGGGCCCGCGAACUCGCCUCCCGCGUCUCCGCCACCGAAAAACUUGCCCGCAAAGUCACCAUCAACAGCGCUGAUCCGGGUUCUGCGUGGACACCUCUUACGAAUCCCAACCAGGCGAAGCUCAUCCCACGACUGAUUAUGAACUUUGGAGCGAGAGAUCCGCAGAUCUGCGCGACGGCUUUGGUGAAUGGUGUUUCGGCGACGGAGGAUGCGCAUGGCAAGAUUAUGCAGGACUUUGACACUGCUGAGUAUCCUCCUUUCAUGGUGAGGAAGAGUGGGCGUGCUGCUCAGGCGCGUGUUUGGGAGGAGACGAGGGAGGAGCUUGAGGCGAAGGUCCCGGAGGUCAAGGCCAUCUUUGACAUGCUGGACCAGUAAAAGCUGCGAUGUGAAGAUUACGACAGCUUUGGGAUCAAGUCUUGCGUGGCGAGGUCACACUGGGGGGGGCGAUGAAGUUUAGAGCAUUGAAUUGGCCUGAUGAGGUGCUGAUCCGCUGGAAAGCAUUGCGCGUAUCUUGGAAGGGCAAGUAGUGAUUUGAUGAGCAUGGAAUAUGGUCUCGCUAGCGCGUCAGCGCACCGAAAGCAAAAUUAAAGGUUAAAAAUUAGUCUAACUUAAAUGCCGGUCAUUCAGCGACUGUGCGACACGGCAGUUGAUUCAUUGGAAGAGUGACAUUCACAUUUAUCGUCAUCCCGUUCCAUGCUGACGACUUCACGUGGCUUAUCUUACACUUCAGAAAGCCAAUAAGCACAAGAUAAGGCGU